GGAUCUUCCACCCUUUGUAUUUGGAAUGGUACAGCCCGGAUAUUAGAACGGUUUGCGGGAAAUUUGAGCAACUGAGUGAUUACUAAAACAAACUUGGCAUUUUAGCUGUAGUUUUUCCGAGAAUGAGUGCCAAAAAGGGCAGAGGAACCAAAGUGCUCACAGCGCCACCAGCUGUGAGACAAGUGAGUUGCUUAAGGAAAGCUUCUUCUGAUCAAAUGGAUUUUUCCAACCUGCUUACUAUAGAUGAAGAUGGUUUCCUAGAAGGACUUCAGGAAAAUUAUGGUAACCCUCUGCACAGUACUGCCAUGGAGGAGGAUUUAAAGGGCUUGCAGAAGGGACAGAUGGACAAAGGAAAACCUGAGAGAAGGAACAUUCCUCCCCUACCGAAGACCACGGCUAAACAGCGUGGGGCUGCUGUGAAGAGGAGGGAGACAGAGAUAGAUGGAGCAAUGGAGAAAAAGGAAAAUAAAAUCAAGAGAAGUAGAAGAUGUUCUGGAGAUAUGGUCAAAGCCAGGAGGCCGGUGAAAAAUAAGCAGAUGAAAAAUGAGAAGACAAGAACAAGUGAAUCAGGUAGCGGGAUAUACAGUGACUGUCGGUCACAGGGGGAGUCUGACUCCGACAAUGCACAACAGAGACGCAAGAAAGUCUUGUCCUCUGAUGAGGAGGUGGAUGAAGACUCGAGUUGGCACGGAAGUCCAAAGAAGCCAAGGGUGUAUAGUUUGGGCAGAACCAGAAAAUCUUCAUCUGAUAAGUCCAAAUCCAGAAAGACGUCAUCCAAGAGGUCUACAUCCAGAAAGUCUUCAUCAGUUCUUUCCCCCGAAGGCAGUGCAUCUCCAGAACCAGAAAAGGAAACCACUCCUAAACAGAGGAGGAAGACACGUAGUCGUCAGGGAGUAACAGAAGAAGAAGUGGUGCUGGAAACCUUCCUUGAUUUCUGUGACAAGUAUAAGGAGUCUGUGGAGUCUGAAGCAGUCAAACAGUCCAUUGAUUUUUUCUCCAACAAUGUGAAAGAGCAACUUUUGGAAAAGUUGUCUUCUUACAAGGAGCUCAUGGCUUUAAAAAGAGAAAAUGCCAAGGUGGGUUCUUUGAUCAACAGGAAAAGACAGAGGCUGUUUGAUGCCAAGAAUGAGCUGAUGAGGGCAGAGAGGCAGGUGCAGUUGCUGCAAAAGGAGAAAACUGAACUUGAACUCAGAUUAUCUGAUCUCAGACGAGGCCAUGCCUUCCUCCGUGACAUCAGAGAGCUCAACAGAAAGUAUCUGGACUACCGAGACAGACACCCCAAAGAGAAAGAGAUGUAUGGAGCAUCCAGCUUACCGGCUCUGCUACUGGAGACAAAACAUAUUCAGGCAGUAGAGCAUCAGCUGAGGGGAAUCAAUAACAGACUGGAAAAAAUGCUGAAUGGGACUCAGAAAUAAUGUUCAGUGCCAUACACAAAGUAAUGAUCCUCAAAGGUCACGUUUUAUGAGGAAUGCUAAGGCUGCUAUUUUGAGAUAAAUACAGUAGUGUAAGUAUAAGAGGAUGUUUUAUCUGUGUUUUUGAGCUGUACAAAGAGGAUGCAUAUUAAUACUUCUCUUUUCUUGGCAAUAAAAAGGAAAUUCCUCUCUGAGAUAAUGUAACAUGCUUGCUGUCAAGAAAAAAAAGACUUAAAGUUGCCCAUACUAAUGUUGACUUUCCUGUGUACGUUAUGUAAAAUAAAGUAAUUUAGCUUUA